AUGGAAAUUGCCAUCUUAUAUAACCACAUCCUACGUGCGAUCGGAUUUGAUGCUUAUACUGCGGGAGUUCGAACUCGUGGCCGACUUCAAGGAGUCCCGCGAGGAGAUUACCCAGGCUGGAAUCAUAUCAUCAACAUCGUCACAUUCCCCGACGGUAGCAAGUACCACACAGACGUCGCGUUCGGUGGCGACGGUGCCACGGCCCCGAUGCCUCUUAUCAAUGGGCUCGUUCAUCGAAACUUGGGAACGCAACAGAUUCGGCUGAUACGAGACUGGAUACCCCUUCAGGUUCACCGAUCUGAUGAGUCAAAGGUGUGGAUUUACCAGUAUCGCAACCACGAAGAUGCGGAAUGGAACUCCUUUUAUUCAUUUCCAGGAAUCGAGUUCAUGGAUCUCGAUUGGGGCGUGGUCAACUGGUGGAUCAAUACUCACCCUUCAAGUCACCAACGCGUCAACGUAUUGGUGAUCAAGUUCUUGAGAAGGUCCAAGGAAGGCAAGGACGGUGAGCCUGAUGGGGGCUACGAGAUCUACGGGAAGCGAAUGUUGGUAAAUGGGGUUGUCAAGGAAAAUCUGGGAGGAAGGACGCGGGUGGUCGAAGAGCUCAAGGGCGAGGACGAACGGCUUGAAGCUUUGGAAAGAUACUUUGGGAUUACCUUGUCCGAAGAGGAAAAGGGAGGUAUCCGAGGCUAUGUCUCAGACUUGCAGUAG